GCAGCAGUCGGGCAGACCAACGCGGGCGGUGCAUUCUGGGUAGUCUGAUAAAUCACAAUGGCGGAGUAUCAACAAGCCUCACAGAACAUCCUCUUCACAUGGUUCCUUUUAGCACUUAUUCAACAAGUAUGCCUGACUGUGGCAGAGGACCUGACCUGGGACCAUAACGGCUAUGUGUUGUACUGUCCGUGCAUGGGUCGCUUCGGGAACCAGGCUGAUCACCUGCUGGGCUCUCUGGCGUUCGCCAAGAUGUUAAACCGCACCCUGGCAGUGCCUCCAUGGAUCGUGUACCGCCACCACGCACCCCCUUACGUUAAUGUCCAUGAACCCUACAGCCAGUUCUUCCAGCUGGAUGCCCUCUCUGCAUACCACCGUGUGGUCAGUCUAGAGGCUUUCAUGCAGCAUUUAGCUCCUCAACACUGGCCACGGGGCCGGAGAAACGCCUACUGCUUUGAAACGGCUGCACAAAGGAGUUCAGACAAGAAAUCCUGCCCCAUGAAGGACGGAAACCCAUUUGGUCCAUUCUGGGACCAUGUCGGAGUGGACUUUGACAAAUCCAUAUUGUUUGGUGGUAUUGCGUUCAGUGCAUAUCAUCAAUCUCAAUGGAUUAAGAAGUACCCUUCCUCAGAGCACCCGGUCCUGGCCCUUCCGGGGGCCCCUGCUCAGUUCCCGGUGCUGGAGGAGCACGUGUGGCUCCAGCGCUAUCUGGUGUGGUCUGACAGCAUGUCCGCAGACGGGGAGCGGCUCAUCGCUGCCCAUCUGGACCGCCCGUACGUCGGCAUUCAUCUGAGGAUCGGCAUUGACUGGCAAAAUGCUUGCAAAAUGCUGGAGAAGGGGGAUGCUGGCCCCCACUUCAUGGCAUCGCCCCAGUGUGUGGGCUACAGCCGGCAGAACGCCCUGCCUCUCACCUUGACCAUGUGCCUCCCAAACCUGACGGAGAUCCAGAGAGCCGUGAAGCUCUGGGUGGGGAAGACCUCCGCCCGCUCCGUCUACAUCGCCACCGACUCAGAGUCCUACAGCAAGGACCUCGAAAAGCUUCUGGAGAAGAAGGUGAAGGUGGUGACUCUCCAGCCAGAGCUGGCCCAGACGGACCUCUACAUCUUGGGCCAGGCGGACCACUUCAUUGGAAACUGUGUCUCCUCUUUCUCUGCCUUUGUGAAGAGACAGCGUGACGUCCAUGGCCAGCCGUCCUCCUUCUUUGGCAUGGACCAACCUGGGAAAGUCAACAAGAAGGAGGAGCUAUGAAAAUUAAAAAUGUAUUGAUGAUUUAAGUGACCAAUGAGGACAGGUUAUGAUGUGUGUGCGGGUAAACAUGUGGUUUGUUGAAAAUGGCGAGGACUGCACUGCCAUCGAGAGUCAUUUAGUUUACCUUGCUUGGAUGUCACCAGACACCUGAAAAAUGUUGCUUUCUAUUGCACUUCAGUUAAGAAGUGGUAUCCUCAUAUUCAGGUAUACAUAGUUGGCUUUUUUAAUGUAAAGUUUUUCAAACAAUGUUUUGCAUUACUGUAAUUUAUUUAGUUUUUAGCUGAGUUUACUUCACCAACUGUCUGAAAGACUGGUUGUGUGUCUCACUAUUGCAAGACACUUUUGACAUACAAUGCACUUCUGGUGGACAUUCCAGCUGAUUUCUAUGCAUUAGAUGCAUACCAUCACAACUAGCACAAACUGUUGCACACUACGACUACAUUCUGCCAAUUACUGGUCUUUUUAGGGUUUAUAUCACUACAAUAGUCAGUGUUACUAUGUAAAUGCUAUGAAUAAUAGUAAAUGUCGUAGCCACUCUCCCCAAGACCUUUUGCUCUUCCAACCUUCCUAGAAUGAUAUAUUUUUGAAGAGGCCCUUUCAAAGUUCUAAUGUUGCCCACAGUGCUUAUAGAAGGUUUUCCCUCACAAGAUUAAGGUUGGGCGCAACGUCAGGAAUAGGCAGUGCCAUUUCAACAGAUUUUUACUUUUCGAUUGGGGGGGUACUGCAAUUCAACUUGACGUUUCUCACUUAAUCGCCUAAAUGGAAUCUGAUGAACCUGUUUUAGUUGUAUUUUUUUUUUUUUUACAAAAAAUCAAUCACCUUGAAUAAAUUGUUAAAUAAAAACUGGAUUUGUAAACUGGAGCAUGAAGUUUCUUUCCAUUUUUAA